CCCCCUCUUCUUCACAAUGCCCCUCUUGCAGCCUCUAUAGCAUCAUUAUUCUCUCUCUCCCUUUUUCAGCAUUUUCUGCAGUUUUUUUCCUCCACCCAAAACCAUGAUCAAGACCUUGAAUCCCUACCCCAAUCCAGCAAAAACUGCUGAGAUCAUGUCCAGGUACAGGCCCAUAGCUCCCAAGCCUGAAACCACCCCAAACCCCAUGACCGAGGGCUCUUCCUCUCUCCCUAAGCAAUCUCCUUAUCUCAGGAACUUAUGGCCGCAGUUGCAAGCCAGGCCUACCAGAACCAGAAAGAGAGGUAGAACUCCUUUCACACUACUCCCUUCCACCCUCAAGAGACAGAGAACUCAUAUCCUAGGAUAUUGUUCUCCCCCUCCUUGUCAUGUAACAUCAUCCCCAGCAAAGAACCUUUCCUUACAGGGCUUUCCUACCCCACCACUCCCUCUUCCCCAUCCCAACCAUGGACUUGGAGUGCUCAAUCGCGGCAUGCAAAACAACAACCUCAUCACUCCUGGUCUGGUCACACUCCCUCUCCUUCCUUGUUCCCCUGGCGGCCCUGCACCCAACCUGGACUCCAUAACAACAACAAUGAAGCCCUGUGGGGGAGGGAUGAUAGAUUUGAACACCAAACUGAGUGUUCCUGAGGAGAUAGAUCUCUUGCAACAGCUGCAGAAGCCGGUUUCCAACAAUGUCAUACAGCCACAUGCAGUUCGCCCCAUCGGCUCUUCCAUAACUGUUGUCUGCAUGCGUGAAGACACAACUCUCCCACCUGUCGCUCGAACCCCAAAAGGGUCUCGCGAGGUGGAAGAUCAGGCUGAGUCUGAGGCCUUGCCGGUUGUCAUAUCAGAUUCACAGCACAGGGUGAGGAUGGCAAAUUCUGCAUACAAGGAGAUGGUGGGUGAGCCGGUGUGUCCUUGGCUCGAUGCUACGGUGACCGCUGGUGGUUCUGGAAACAUGCAAUGCAAGAGGAUCAGUGGAGAGGUAGCACUGAAUCUUUGUGGCUCGAACAUCCCAACUUCUGCAAACGGAUUCUCUUGCUGGGUGAGGAUCGAGUGGCCAAGUGAGCAGAAGAAGUGCUGUGUUAACGCCUUCUGUGAGGUUAUGAAGCUGACUUGUGAAUCCAGGGACUACCUCUUCACUUGGAGGUUCCACACCCGUCGUACCAGAGAAGCUCCUCAGUCAAGUUGCACCGCUUGAAAAAGUUUUCAUGAUCAAUGCACAUAAUGUUCUAUUCGAGUCUCUCUAGUAUCAUGAUUACCUUUCUUUUCUGCUAUCAUACAUAUAUGUAUAUGUAUAUGUAUGUACAUAGGUACUAUCAGGGAGAUGAUCGAACAUAGUUUUCCAUGUUUCUUUAGCAUGAUGUCAUCAUCAAGAACUAUGUAUUUAGUACUUGAUUAGUAUUAUUUACUAAUAAGCUAUGUUUAUGUUUCGAUGAAUCCCUCCCUAAGAAGUCCUUCUAGAGAGGAGACAUCAGAAAAAAAUAAAAUAAAUUAGUACUUUUAUAA